CCUCCUGCUUUGUGUUGUCAGGCAGAGAAAGACGCGCCAUUCAGGGUGGCGUGUGUCCUCGUGCACGGUCGCAGAGUCGGCGCGGAGGACUGAAUCACAUCUAGUUAAUUUACUCUCUCCUCUUAAAUAGUUGACUAAUAUUUAUAAUUUCGUUACCAUGUCGGUGGGAGUGGAGUCUGGAUUCUCAAGCGAGGAGGUCUUAAACAGCCGCUUCCCUCUCCAUCGGGCUUGCAGGGAUGGAGACGUCGGUGCCUUGUGCUCCCUCCUUCAGUGCACAUCAAACCCGGCCGACCUCACGGUGGAGGACACUUUCUACGGCUGGACGCCCAUACACUGGGCUGCUCACUUCGGAAAGCUCGAUUGUGUGAUGCGUCUGGUUCAGGUGGGCUGUGGUGUGAACGCGGUAACCUCCAGGUUUGCACAGACGCCCACUCACAUUGCUGCUUUUGGGGGCCACCCUGAGUGUUUGUUAUGGUUGCUUCAAGCUGGUGCAGAUAUUAACAAACAGGACUAUGUGGGCGAGACGCCCAUCCACAAGGCUGCUCGUGCGGGCAGCCUGGAGUGUAUCAACACUCUCUUGAUUCAGGGAGCGAAAGCUGAUAUGAGGAAUGCCAGUGGGCUGACUGCUGCUGACCUGGCCCACGCGCAGGGAUUCCGGGAGUGCGCUGAAAUACUCUCCAAUGCCCAGAACUUCCAACAAAACAUGGCUCAGUCUCAUAAUGGGGUUUUUCUGAAUGGCAUGAGCCAGAAUGGGUGCCACACUUACCCCACCAUCCAGGGACGCAGCUUCUUGAAUGGUAUGCCCAACAGAAAAAGGUCUUUCGAAGGCAUGGAAGCAAACCCUGGAAAGAAGGCUAGAACUAACGGUUUUUGCGUGGAGCCCAAAUUGCUUAACGGAAAUGGGCCACUAGAUGGAGCUGGAGAUGCACAGAUGGAGAGCAUGAACAUGGAGCUGGCAGCGACUGUAACCUCAGUGGCAGGUGAAAGACACUGUGAGGACUUUUUCUCAAACGGCCCAACAGCAGAAAUCCUCCUUGACCACCACAUCCACAGCGGCUCACCUGAGAUCAUUAACACUGGAGGCAGUCAGGUGGAGCACCUGAAGUCUGUGAAAGCGGAGCAGUUCUAUGACUACACCCUCUUCAGCACCAUGCUUCUUUACCAUGGAUCCUAAAAUACAAAAGUGAUCUUCCUGACAGCUCUUCCUUUUUGCCUGAAACUCAUUUAAGCCUAAACAAGCAUUCAUUCGCCUUAAAGCCACAGAGUGGUCACGUUCAUUGAAUUUCUUUGUUUAUUAACAGCAGAGCCACUGUUCUGGAUGGGUCUGAAACUGCAUUAAUAAAGCAGCGUAAAAAGUGGAUUUUUGUGUUGUUAAAGACAAAAAAAGUUAAUGUUUAGUUCUUGUUGUGAUUUAUGCUACAAAUAGCAGUUUUCUUUGAAUACACUAAAGUAAGCAUUUGAGAUGAACCACUGCCAGUGCUGAAAUUUUGUUUGUCUCAAUAUGUUAAAAAAUGGAAACACAUAAGAUGUAAUUCAUUAAAAAAAGGUUUUCCAAAGUUU